UCUGCGUCUCGGGUGUCCCGCCGGGGCCGCUAGUUGGGUGUUACCUUCAACCUCACGUUUUCGUCUCCGCUUCCGAAAGCCGGUUUGAAUCCUGUCUGCCGGCCUCUAAAGGGGGCGUCUCAGAGAAAACCGGACUGCGGGUGAUGGCGCCCUCGCGUCGCGGGACCUUCUCCUGACGCCUCUGUCGCCCCGGGGGAUGUGGAGUCUGGCGGGUCUGGGCUGGAGGCGCGGCCGCGCGCUCGCGACGCCGGCCACCCGGGCGGCGCGGCGGGGGCUGCUCGGGCCUCGCCCCACGCUGGCCUGCCCGACUGCGACCGGGUGCAGGGAUCCGGGCCGGCGCUACAGCUCUGCCGGCCGCAAGGAAAAAAUUGAUAUGUCUAGAUUCCCUGUUGAAAAUAUUAGAAAUUUCAGUAUCAUUGCACAUGUGGACCAUGGCAAAAGUACUUUAGCUGACAGACUUCUGGAACUAACAGGGACAAUUGAUAAAACAAAAAAUAAUAAACAAGUUCUUGAUAAAUUGCAAGUGGAACGGGAAAGAGGAAUCACUGUUAAAGCACAGACAGCAUCUCUCUUCUAUAAUUGGGAAGGAAAGCAGUACCUUUUAAAUCUCAUCGAUACACCGGGCCAUGUUGAUUUUAGUUAUGAAGUAUCCAGGUCACUCUCUGCUUGCCAGGGUGUUUUACUUGUGGUUGAUGCAAAUGAGGGUAUUCAAGCCCAAACUGUAGCAAACUUCUUUCUGGCCUUUGAAGCACAGCUGUCGGUAAUUCCAGUUAUAAACAAGAUAGAUUUGAAGAAUGCUGAUCCUGAAAGGGUUGAAAAACAAAUUGAAAAGGUGUUUGAUAUUUCAAGUGAUGAAUGUAUUAAGAUUUCUGCUAAACUUGGAACAAAUGUUGAAAGUGUUCUUCAGGCAGUCAUCAAACGAAUACCCUCUCCUAAAGCACAUCAAAAAAAUCCCCUGAGAGCUUUGGUAUUUGACUCCACCUUUGAUCAGUAUAGAGGUGUGAUAGCUAAUGUGGCAUUAUUUGAUGGAGCGGUUUCCAAAGGAGAUAAAAUUGUAUCUGCACAUACUCAAAAGACAUACGAAGUUAAUGAAGUAGGAGUUCUGAAUCCUAAUGAGCAGCCAACUCAUAAACUAUAUGCAGGCCAGGUGGGCUAUCUGAUUGCUGGGAUGAAAGAUGUCUCUGAAGCACAAAUAGGAGAUACAUUAUAUUUACAUAAACAACCAGUGGAACCCAUGCCUGGGUUUAAAUCAGCGAAGCCAAUGGUAUUUGCAGGGAUGUACCCUGUAGACCAGUCUGAAUAUAAUAACCUGAAGAGUGCUGUAGAAAAGCUGACUCUGAAUGAUUCCAGUGUGACAGUUCAUCGGGAUAAUAGCCUUGCUCUAGGUGCUGGCUGGAGAUUAGGAUUUCUUGGACUUUUGCAUAUGGAAGUUUUCAACCAGCGACUAGAGCAAGAAUAUAAUGCUUCUGUUAUUUUGACAACUCCUACUGUUCCAUAUAAAGCUGUUCUUUCAUCAACAAAAUUGAUAAAGGAAUACAGAGAAAAGGAAAUUAUAAUCAUCAAUCCUGCACAAUUCCCUGAUAAAUCAAAAGUGGUAGAAUAUUUGGAGCCAGUUGUUUUGGGCACAAUUAUCACACCAGAUGAAUAUAUUGGAAAAAUAAUGAUGCUUUGCCAGGCUCGAAGAGCAGUUCAGAAGAAUAUGAUGUUUAUUGAUCAAAAUAGAGUUAUGCUUAAGUAUCUCUUCCCUUUGAAUGAAAUUGUGGUGGAUUUUUAUGAUUCUUUGAAAUCCUUGUCUUCUGGAUAUGCUAGUUUUGAUUACGAAGAUGCAGGCUACCAGACGGCAGAACUUGUAAAAAUGGAUAUUUUGUUGAAUGGAAAUAUUGUAGAAGAGCUAGUAACUGUUGUACACAAAGACAAAGCGCACACUGUUGGCAAAGCCAUAUGUGAACGUCUGAAGGAUUCUCUUCCUCGGCAGCUGUUUGAGAUAGCAAUUCAAGCUGCCGUUGGAAGUAAAAUCAUUGCAAGAGAAACUGUGAAAGCCUAUAGGAAAAAUGUUCUGGCAAAAUGCUAUGGUGGUGAUAUUACCCGAAAAAUGAAACUUUUGAAGAGACAAGCAGAAGGAAAGAAAAAACUGAGGAAGCAACCAGUAUGUAAGCAGCAAAGUGCAGAUUGGAGAGACCAAAGAGGGGACAACAAAGACAAUGGAGGCAUCCUGACAGAGGAUGAUGUCCUGAAUCUCUUCAGAAAUAUAUACAGCUCCAAAGUGGAAAACACUUUGAAUCCAGUAUCUGUGAUGAAACCUGGACUACAUGAAAAUCUGUAACAGGCAAGCACAAAGUGGAUCUCUUCUUCUGGUUGAACAAAGUAAAACAGUACCUUGUUUGUAAUGAAGUAUUACUGAAUAUACCAUAAUGCCUGUGAUAAUUAACAUUAAAUACUGAUGUGCAGAAGAGACAUGGGAGAAUGAAGAAAAAGAAACAAAAGGGCUGUUUUGCAAAAGCAGAGUUACAAGUCAAGAAAAAAUAAAUAUAACCAGGAAUCAGAUACCAAAUUGCUCUAGUCCAAAUAAGUAAUAGACAUUACUUUGGACAUGUCAAAGACUCUAAAAUAACAGAUAUUUUAAAAGUAACCUUAAGAUGGGAAACUGAAGAUUGUUUCAUUGAGUGUGUCUUAUCUAAAAUUGUCCUGGAAUAAAACUAGAUUUAAAGAAGGAUUCAGGAUGUACUCAGAUGCAGGAACUGCCCUUUAAGCACGCAUGACUGAAACUAUCCUUAUAUAAACAGAAAAUCCAAGCUCUUGGUCCCAGAUCCCUAACAGCCUAUGAGAUAAUUCAAAGAGCAUGUGCAGAUGUGAGUGAGUGUAUACGUGUCUGAGUCUUAACAUUUUUAGCAGUAAACUGAACCUAUUUUACAAGUUAAACAGUUUAUGUAAUGCAGUAAAUUUUAAAGAUUUUUUUCUCAUUACAGUUGUCAAAUAAAAAAAAUGAAUGUUAAGGUGGUUCUAAUUCUAAAAUAUCUGUAACAAGGUAAAAAUUCUGCAUUGCAUAUUUUAUAACCAGACAUUCUAAAACGGAGGAAAUUAAAGAUUAAUGAACCAGAUACUACUAUAUUUCUUUUAUCAAGAUUCACUAUGUAUUUUUCAUUUUGAAGCUAUAUGUUGAUUACUGUCAAAGCCUCAUGAAUGCAUUCGUAUAUGAAUUUCUACUGUUUUUAUUGAUACUUCUUGUUCACAAGUAUAGAGAUCUAGAUUCUGAAGAGUUAAUAUGUCAUCACCUAUAAUUAAAAGCAUUCUCUUUUAAGUUAACAAUGCUUGAUAUAAUAAGGUAAGCACAACACUGUUUAAUGGAUUUAUUAAUCCGUUUUCCUUGUGGGAUAUUAAUAGUUUUUUUUUCUUAAGAUUGAUCUAUAUGUUACAGAGGAGUUUUAAAAAAACAAAAACAAUAGGAUAUUCAAGUUCUUUACUGUAUCCUGUCUUCUAAUUUAAAAUCUUUGGAAUUAGGACCCAGGAAUCAGCAUCCCUUAAGUGAUUAUGAUGCAGUCUGGCAGAGGUCCUUACACUAGCACCUGAAAAGUCUCUUUAAAGCUAUAUUAACACACAUUACAUCUAGUGACUGCUGCAUGAUGGAUAUUUUCUCAAGUUUAAUUUACUUCAAAAGUUUAAAAUAUGAUUUUGUGGUUUCAGAGUUAAACACUGAACUUGGCACUUUCUUUGAAUUAUCUCAUUUAACUCCUGAAUACAACACUAUGCAAUAAAUACUAUUCUUACUCAUAUUUUACAGAUAAGGAAACGGAGGCACAGAUAUUCUGUAACUUGACCAAGGUCUUAGUAAGGCUACUAUGUAAACAAGGGGUCUGAUUCCAGCAUCCAUAUCAUUAACUACAGUAAGACAUAUAUACCCUUUAAUUGAGAAUUAAGAAAUAUCUAGAAAAGCAGAAACUGAAAAAAAGUUGCUCAGAACACAAUUUGAUGUUGACAAUAUGUGAUUAGUUCUACUCCAUCUGCUCCACUAUUCUCAAGGAGAGUAUUUCUAUCAUGAAAAAGCUUUAGAGCAGCUCCUAUCACAAAUCAAGUCUUAAGGAUAAGCAGAAUAGCAUCACAUAGGGGGCAUAUGAGACAGCUAUGGGGUGGUCAGUAAAAAGCUAGAAAUUUGCUAAGGCUGGAACCCAAGGAAAUGAAAGGAAAUGGCUGAAAACUGAUCGAAGUCUGGUAAUACAGAGCGUUUUUAUGCCAAAGAGGCUAAACGUCAUGUUGUGAUGAAAUAACAGGGAAUCAAGACUUUAUUAUAUACAUGAAUAAUAACUAAAGUAUGUUUCUGAAAAAAUACUUGAGCCUGUAAUAUAGAGAACAGAAUAGAUAAAAAACGGAGAUACCCAAGAGGAUGGGUUUGCAACAAUCACUGACAGACUGAUACAGACUAGAAGACAAGUGUGAAGUCCUUAUUUAUCUCUAAGUUAUCUGUUAAAUGGUGGGGACUUGGUGACUGAUUAGAUAUGGAGAAGAAGCUGAGAAUGACACACAUGUUUAAAGUUCAGAUAAUUUUCAGGGAGAGUGUUGCUAUUCACCAAGGGGAGGGAAGGUAAUUACAAGGUAAGUAUAAGGAGUUAGUUAGAAAUACAAAAGGUUGCCAUCUGCAGCAACAUGGAUGGACACAGAGAAAGUUUAAGUAAGAGAAAUACAAAUAUUUUAUAUCAUCACUUAUAUGUGGAAUAUAAAAAAUGAUACAAAUGAACUUAUUUACAAAACAGAAACAGACUCACAGACAGACUUAUGGGAGAGAAGGGAUAAAUCAGGAAUAUGGGGUUAACAGGUACAUACACACUAUAUAAAAAACAUACAGUAACAAGGUUUACUUUAUAGCACAGGGAACUAUAUUCAAUAUCUUACAAUAACCUAUAAGGAAAAUAACCUGAAAAAAAUAUAUAUAUAUACACACACACAUACACACACACAUAACUGAAUCACUUUGCAGUAUACCUAAAACUAACACAAUAUUGUAAAUCAACUAUAGUUCAAUUUUUUAAAAAAUGCUAUAAUAAAUCAGCAUUAAAACCACUGGGGAAAUGAUGGAGUCCUGUAGUUUUGCCACGAUGAUUUUCUUUAUAAUCACACUGGGAAUGAAUACUAUGAAGUGAAUGGCAUCAUAUAAUUUUACUAGAAAAACUGAACAAAAGAAAAAAAGAUCAGUACUUGAAUAAUUCUCUGCUAACUCUUAAGAAUUAGGAUAAGAGUUACACUACAAAUUAAAUAUUGUUAAAUGAAGAAAUCUAUUUGCAUAACUUUCAUAUUUUAGAAAUAAGAUUGCUCUAAGUUGUUCUUAACUUAUUUACUAUGAAAUUUCAGUCCUUAAAAGGUCUUUUUUUAUACACCAAUGAUUUUUAGAUGAAAAACUUCUAUAUUUUGAAUGACAGUUCUAUUUGUGUACUCAUGUCUAAAUAUAUUUACAUCAAAAUCAGUUAAUUAUUCAUCAUACCUUGUCUGUACUGUCCUCUGAACCUGUCCAAUCCUGCUGCCAGAAAGGAAUGGAGUUUCAGGUUCCUCUAUAAUUUAACCACUUAUAAUCAUGAGCUGACUAUAAUAUGUUCUGUUAUUCCCAGGAGAGGAAAUGACAGCCCAGUUAAAAAUUUAAAAAUUAGGCAGAGUCUACUGUUCAGAGCACUUGCCUUAUUAAAUAUACCAAAUUUAGAACAGAUCCAGCCCUAGAGGGGUUCCUUUUCUGCUGGUUUUCAGUGUGAUUUUAGGACCUCAAAUUGUGAAACAGGAAGAAGCAGUCAAAGCAGUACCCCAAAAGAGGUGGUGCCUAAUUCUUAGUUUCCAGCUCCAAAGACCUAAUUUAGUUGAAUUCUAAACAUGGCAAUGAGAAAGGCAGAAAUGACUGAAAGCGAGAGAACAAUUUAUAUUGUAAAUAGGAUGCAACCAAAAUGUCACUUAUUCAACUCUGUACUUUCUCCAAAAUCUAAAGACAUCAAAGGGAAUACAUCAAAGAACAUUUAAUUCUUACUUCUCUAGCAUCCAUCACUGUCCCCACACCAACUGUUAGAGCCAUAGUUGGCACUUUCGAUAAAUCUCCAUCAAAAUAUUUAGCAUUUGCCAAAAUGGUGUCCAUUGCUAGAGUCUUUAAUCUUGUCCUUGAUACUAAACUGGAUCCUGGCUCAUUGAAAGCAAUAUGACCAUCUGGACCAAUUCCUUUCAAAAGAAAUACAUAUACACACACAUAUAUAUGUAAGUAAAUAAGGUUUCUCACAUAAAGUAAGUAAGAUUUUCAAAGUUCAACAUAUUUUAAGACCAAAGAUAGAUAGUCAUAAACAUGCUUACCUUGUUUUAUUUGAUAGCUGAAUUUCUAAUGCUGUAUUAAAAUAUUUGUUCCUGUAUUCGAUUGAACAAGUAUUUCAGUAUUUUCCAUAUGCUGAGCAUUGAGCUAGCAUGAUUCUAAUAGUAGCAAAAUUGAGUAUCACUUUUACAUAGUGAUACUUUAUAGUUUAUAAAGCAUAUUCACAUGCAUCAUCUCAACAACAGAUACAUAUUUAACAACCUUGUGAUAUAGUCAGAUUAGGCAUAAUUAUUUGCUUUAUCUCCUCCACUUUUUUUUAAGCUCGAAAGGAAACUUCGAUGCUCAAGGAUAAUAUAUGACUUGUUCAAGGUAACUAUUUAGCAAGUACUACAAAACUCAAAUCUAAAUUUUCUGGAUUCCUAACCCAGUGGUCUUUAUACUUAUACUUUAGCUUGCUUGGUUCUAGUCUAGUUGGGGCAAUUAACCACUGGACCUCCCUGUGGUAUCGUUUCCUCACUUAUAAAAAUGUCUAGAUUGGACGAGAUACUAUCUAAGGCAGUAGUUUUCUUCAAACUUUUCUGACUGUAACCUAUGGUGAGUAAUACACUUGACACUGCAAUCUAGUAUACAUAUAAAUAGUUAAAACAAGAACUGCAUGAAAUAAUACUUACCCUUACUAGGAGCCAUACAAUACCAUUUCACUAAAAAGACGUACAAAAGGGAAAUGCUGGAUGUGACUGGCCCUACUGAUUUCACUGACCUAACACUGCAUGACAACCCCAAUUUGAAAACACUGCUUUAAGGAGACCCACUGUACUGUUCUAGGACUGCCUCUAAAAUAUAGGUAAGAAUAUGACAUUUCUUAUUUGAAGGAAAUUGGAGGCAAAUCUUUUUAUAAAACCAACAUUUUAUGGCAUAAAUAAAUCAAGUUUUAGACAUACGUAUCAUACUAGCUAGUCAGAUUUCUGGCAACCUCAAUCAAAAAAUAAACCCACAAGUUCUCUGGGUCAAAAUAUCAUAUUCUGCAUAUUUAAUAAUAUAUAUAUUUUUAUUGACUCAACACACAAUUCUAACAAAUUUUUCCCAGGCUACAAGAAGGUAAAAUAUGACAAAGAGUAACCAGGUUUUGAAGGAAGAACAAAUGAAAACCUUAGGAAGCAUAUAUGAACUACCAAAGCACAACAUAACCUAGGAAUUUUUAACAAUCUAGGAUCAAUUUUUAAUCUGGGACAUAAAGCCAGACCUAUAUGUGGUCAAUAUAUACAGUUUGUUUCCAUUAUUAUGUAGGUGCUUUUAAGUUUUAAAUGACAGAUAUGCGUAUCUCUCAAACUAGUCUGUAAAACUGUUGUUUUUCCUCUUAAGUAUACAUCUGCCCAAAUAUUUUUAUUAAUACUUCUAUACAGAGGAAAGGAAUGAACCAGGAAAAUAAAAGUUCCAGGAAAAACAGGAAAUCCUCAAAGACCAAUACUAGUGGUCUCACUGGUGAUCUGGGUCAUACAAUGUGCACAGCAGAGCUGAAAUUACCAGUAAUGGUUCACGGCAGAGAAGGGUCAAUACAUUCCCUUACUGACCAUGAGCAGAACUGUUGUGGUCUAGGGAAAAGUACUUGUCCCAAGUGGAAACAAUCAGAAUUUCUCUCCAGAAAUCUGAAACUUGACCAGGGGUACAGAAAGAAAGAAGGUGUCCGGAGCUGAGGCUUCUGAGGACAGCACUGCAGGAGAGGGUCAGUGAGUCCCUGCUUUGGUGAUCUGAGGCUCCCUGGUUUUUGCUCUUCUAAAGACUUGUUUUUUCCAACUCUUCCAUUAAUUCUGUGAGUUACCCUAGAAUCACUCCAAUAAAUUCAUUUUUGGUCCCUCUAGUAGAUUACUGUUACUUGCAAAUCAAAGAAGUCUAAUCAUGUAACCCAAGUACAGGGUUAAAGUUUUCCUCACUGUCUUUUUUUAUUUUUACGUUUUAAACACAAAUUAUCUUAAGGUAAUUUUAAAAUUAAUAAUGCCUUUAGAGUCUAUUUAUAGAUUUCCAUGUUUGUGUUAUUUCAUUGCGGGGAGUGGAUCAGGAAUUGCAUGAUACACCUUACUCUUUCUCUCAACACUUUUGUCAUCACAAAGAAUGAGAACUCCGAGAGUAUGUAUUUCCUCCUUUCUCCUUUGUAUGGAGGGAAGGGCGCUCCUGCUCCACUUCCCGGGAGUGAGCAAUGGUGGAUUUAUACUCUUGAGCUCUUCUCUCACCCUACUAUUUCCAGUACAGAGGGGAGGCGUAGGAAACCCCAUUCUGGCCUCAAGCCCAACCUGCAACCUCUAAUCCAACUUUACCUUUAAUAAAGCUGAUAUUUUGAUCCCA